UACAACCCGCCGCCAACCACCAAGCUCCCUCCCCCGUUACCUCCCGACGUCCCUCCUCCCUCUCGAGAACCCCCUCCACCGCCGGCCAGCCUCCCCUCCACCGCCCUCCUCCCUUCCCCUCCUCUCUCGCAUAAUCUUCCAUCCCUAGCAUCCCCCCCUCUCUCUCUCCCAAAAGCUGCAGCACCAUCAAUGGACGCUCGCGUCCUAGAUCGGGACCUCCCCGACGACGACGAUUCCCCCUGUGCUUUCGAAUCUUCCUCCGAUGUUGCUGACGGUGGAGCUGGACAAGGCAAUUCAAUAUGGGACGCUCGCCAAUUCAAUGGACGAUUCCCCCGCCAUUCAAUGGACGAUUCCCCCGCCAAUUCGCUCGACGAUUCCGCUGCCAAUUCAAUGGAUGCUCGCGUUCCUGAUCGGGACCGCCCCGACGACGACGAUUCCCCCGCCACUUCGGAAUCUUCCUCUGACGUUGCUGAUGGCGGCGCUGGACGAGGCAAUUCAAUAUGUUGCAUUCCAGAAUCUUCUUUGGUAGUGUGUGCAUUACGCUUUGGAAGUUACCUGCAUUUGUGUUAGUUAGAUGGAGCAUUAUGUUUUGGUAGUUAUUUGCAUUUGGUUUGGUAGUGUUUGCAUUAUGCUUUGGAAGUUUCUCUGUAUUUGUUUUGGUAGUGUUUGUAUUGAUUUCUUUAUGCAAUGGUAUUGUUUUGAUUCACAGUAGUAGUGGUAUUGGUUGUUUUGGUAUUUGUUUGACUUUUGUAAUGCUAUUGAUUGUUUAUAUUGGUAGUUUUCCUGUAAUAGUAUAUAUUUAUUUCUGCAAUGGUAUUGAUGUUUUUCAAAAUGGUAGUGGUUGUCUAAUAGAUUGAUAUGUUUUUUCUUUUGCAGAAAGAUUGAGAAAAAUAUGGAAAGGAGAUCUGGCUGGAGAUUACGGAAGUGAGAGAAAGAAUUGUAAUUAAUAGAUUAAAACGAUCAAUAUUCAAAUGUUCAACUCAUAAUUCCAAAUAUAGGGUUAGACAUAGAGUAAAACUGGAAAAUAGACGCAUUUCGCAAAUCAAAUGAAAAAGGACACCGUACGACCUCCAAUCCGAUAACCUUACAGUGGGUCGACCCGACAAGUGUGUAAUUCGUUUCUCUCACCGGGUCAGCGUAAGAACGAGUCGACCUACGGGUUGACAACCUUUGUUUUGAGUUAAAUUUAAAUAAAAUGUAUAUGAGAAAUUUUACAAUGCUAUAUAGUAUUGGUGCUAUAGGUUUUUGCCUUUAUGGUACAACUUAAAAUUGUAAAUUUACGUUAUGGUACAACUUCAUAUUGUACCUAUACUUUUUGUGCAAAUUCUUUUACGGUACAACUUGAACUUGUACCUUUAUGUGAUGGUACAACUUCAAGUUGUAAAGUUGUACCAUAACAUAAUUGUACAAAUUGCUUUAUGGUACAACCUAAACUUAUACAUUUAAUGGUAUGGUACAACUUUGAGUUGUACAUUAAAACACCAAUGCUAUAUAGCAUAGUAGAAGUGCUCAUGUUUAUUGUCAUGUGAAGUGUAAACUUAAAUUUAAGCAAAUAAAAUUAAAAAAAUCAAACGAUCUUGCGUAGGGAUGGCAAUGGGUCAGGUUGGGCGCGGAUAGUGCAUAUAUGUUACCCUACCCAAAGUAGUUCGGGUUUUACCCGUACCCAUACCUGCAUAAGAAAUGGGUAAAAAAUCAAAACCAUGCCCAUACCCGUUCGGGUUUCGGGUAUCUACGGUUAUCCAUAGGUAAUAAUUUCUCUUUAUAACUCCAAACAAUAUGUUAAUAUUCACACAUAUUCUCACAUUACUUAAAAGAAAAAGUAAGAUAAUAAUUCACUAAAAUGAAAAAAAUUAAUUAAAACAAUACGAUUUU